AUGCUGGGACUCACAGCCUCAGACGCGCCCCCGACCAUGGCGGUCACGAUCUUCUCGGCUGGAGUGGCGGCCGGCGUGGCGGAUGUGAUCACCUUCCCGCUGGACACGGCCAAAGUCCGGCUACAGAUCCAAUGCGAAUGCCAGACCUCCAGUGCUGUUAGGUAUAAAAGUGUCCUGGGAACAAUCACCACUCUGGCAAAAACAAGAGGGCCAAUGAAACUCUACAGUGGGCUGCCAGCUGGCCUCCAGAGACAAAUAAGCUUUUCCUCUCUUAGGAUCAGCCUCUAUGAAAGCAUCCAGGAGUUCUUCACCACAGGGAAAGAAAGUAAUUUAGGAAGCAGGGUCUCAGCGGGCCUAACGACUGGCGGCGUGGCCGUGUUCAUUGGGCAACCCACAGAGGUAGUGAAGGUCAGACUUCAAGCGCCAAGCCAUCUACAUGGUCCCAAACCUCGCUACACUGGGACUUACAAUGCUUACAGAAUUAUAGCAACAACAGAAAGCUUGACGGGGCUUUGGAAAGGUUGUACUCCGAAUCUGACAAGAAUUGUCAUCAUCAGCUGUACAGAGCUAGUAACGUAUGACCUAAUGAAGGAGGCCCUUGUGAAAAACAAUUACAUUUCAGAUGAUGUGCCCUGUCACUUUGUGUCCGCUGUUAUCACUGGAUUUUGCACAACGGUUCUGUCCUCUCUAGUGGAUGUGGUGAAAACCAGAUUUGUUAACUGUCUACCAGGACAGUACACAAGUGUGUCCGACUGCGACGUUGAUGCUAAGGAAGGACCAUCGGCUUUUUUCAAAGGAUUUGUACCUUCCUUCUUGUGACUGGGAUCCUGGAACAUCAUCGUUGUGUGCUUUGAACAGCUGAAGCGAGAAUUGAUGAAGUCGAGGCAGACCAUGGACCGUGCUACCUAA